GCGAUUGGUUGUUUGGAAAUUGCGUCGGGCGAUGUUGUGCAUAAAAAUAAAAAACAAAAUUGAAGAUAAUAAAUUAAAUUUCAAGUUCUAAUGACGUGCAUUUGUGAUAGCUAUCCAAAUAAAGCAAGUGUAUAUUUAUGAACGUAACGCGAAACCAGAUAGAAGUGAACAAAGGCACGAAAGCUUUGUGACGACUGAAAGUUUUUUAAGUGAAGUUUUUAUGUGAGGAAAUUUAAAUAAAUUAAACUAGGAAAGACUAUAAUUGCAUUGAACUUCCAUAGUGUUGUUUGGUGUAAUAAUAGCAACAUAGCUAUUGGCGGCAUAACAUUGGGAACUACUCUACAACUACUGAUUCAUUGUCAUAACUUUUCAGGAUAGCAUUUUAGGAAUUGUUCAAGGAUUUGACAGCAAAAUGGCAGCGGAAGGCUUGCGUCAGUGUCUGCUGCUAUGGAGCGUCGACUAUUGGAAUCUAGAAGUUAUGGCUGACAGCGCUUUCAAGUCGCGUGACAUUGGCUUGCGUGCCCAGAAGAAGAUCCUCUCGCGCAUGGCCACCAAGAAUAUAGCGAAAACCUUUAUUGACGGCACAACCGCAUCGCUUCUUGAUAAUUUAUAUCGCCUUUGUAAAAUGCAUACGGGCAACAAAGUUAAAGCGGAGAAGCUGAUAAAAAAUAUAAUAAAAAUUGUUAUCAAAAUUGGUGUCCUACAUCGAAAUAAUCAAUUCAGUGCCGACGAACUGAAGGAUGCGGAAGUCUUUAAGCGGAAGUUUCAAAAUACACAACUUGCAGUGAUUUCCUUCUAUGAAGUAGAUUACAGCUUCGACCUGCCGUAUAUGCAAAAGUCCAUUGCUGAAUCACAUGCCACCCUCAAGUCAAUUGUCCAACGACAUCUCACCGAAAAGUCGCUAAAUCGCAUCGAUGAAGUCUUUAACUUUUUCGGUGAUACCGCACUCUUAGAGACCGCCUUCAAACCCAAUUCGCCAUAUCGUGAAUUAAUGGGGAAAAUUGUCAGCGACAUAAAUACUGCCAUGGAAGCGGGAGACAUGUAAGUAAGCGUGUGCGCCGUGUAUGUGCAACACAAAAUUUGUAUUAUGGACACUUUGACACGCUUACACACUCAACUCCUCGUCUUGUCUCGUCUCGUCCAAAGGACUGCAAAGUACUUUAAACGCGGCGGCAAAAAGCGAAGAUGUGAACGCAAAUGAAAGGCUUAAAUGGAAUUUA